ACUAGUGAGGCGGCGCCACCUCUGUUUGUAAACAACAUUUGGAGGGAAAGUAGUAGAAAUGUGAGCUGAGUUUUUAGCUGCUUAUUGCCCUUUAGAAUCUUUAGAUUGCUCAAAAAAUUUGUGUUAGUGUUUCGUUAGUAUUCCUUAGUGUUAGAUUCAACAAUUAAAUAGUCGCAAUGGGAGUUACACAACUCUUGCCCUUCCUGGCGAAGAGCACCCGGCCUUGCCAUAUCUCCGAGUUUCGGGGGCGCACAGUGGCCAUCGACAGCUACUGCUGGCUUCAUCGAGGUGCCCGAGGCUGUGCCAUGCAAUUGGCAAAGAACGAGGACGUCGAUUCGUACGUGCACUACUGCAUGAAGUACAUCAAGACGCUCCUCAGCCAUGACAUUAGACCUAUAAUGGUGUUUGACGGUCGGCACUUGCCGGCUAAAAUGAAGACUGAAGAAAAAAGACGCGAAUCGAAAAAACUGGCCCGAAAACAGGGCAUGGAGUGUCUCAGAUUGGGGCACACCAGCGACGCUUACAAGUUUUUCGCGCAGUCGAUCGACGUCACCCCCGAAAUGGCCCUAAAGCUUAUUAGAGAGUGCAGGAAACUGCAUAUUGAUUGCAUUGUCGCCCCCUAUGAGGCCGACGCCCAGUUGGCCUACUUGAACAUAAAGGGGUUCGCGGACUGCGUUAUAACCGAGGACUCCGACUUGCUCUUGUUCGGAUGCCUCAAAGUCAUGUAUAAGAUGGAUUCACAUGGGCAGGGGCAACUUGUUGAGGCCGACAAGAUCCACAUUUCAAUGAAAAUGAAGCAAGCGUGCUUCACUAUGGAGAAGUUUCGUUACAUGUGCAUUUUGUCAGGCUGCGAUUAUUUAGAUUCUCUUCCGGGAAUCGGGCUUCGAAAGGCCUUGAAAUUUAUAUCCAUGACGGCGGAGACUAACCCGAAUAUAUUUUUAGACAAAUUAGCGCGCUACUUGAAGAUGCCUUCACUCAUUGUGACUGAUGAGUAUAAACAGAAUUUCCUAGUCGCUAACGCAACAUUUUUGCAUCAGAUUGUAUUUGACCCAAUUCAAAGGAAAUUAGUCCCUUUGACGCCGGUCACUACCGAUGUUGACUACUGUCAAAACGCAGGGGAAUUUUUUGACCCAAACACGGCCUUCCAAUUGGCUUUGGGCAACCUGAAUCCCCUCACGUUGCAGCCAAUAGAUAACUGGACUCCCACCAAAGGCAUUGUGAGUGAUUUCAGUAUUUGGUCGCAAAGGUUCCGAUUCCGCUCUCCGCCUCGUCGAGCCGCACCAGCGGCAAGUGCGUCGAUUUCAACGCCCUUGUUCAAGUUCGAAACCUUUGAUCGCGCUGCCAUUGAAGCAUCAUUGGCGCAACACGACCAAGAAGUAGAGAAAGAGCUCGCUUUCUACAACAUGCCUCCACCCGCCAGUGAGCAAAAAAUGGAUGUGGACAGCAUCGAAUCUCGCGAGUCGAGCUCUUCCGGCUCGCCCGUCUUGAAUAAGAACCCAUUUAUGAAAAAGAAACUCAGCAAAUUUCAGUCGACUAGCGCGAGCAUGCCGAGAGUUGUUAGUCGCUUCUUCUCGUCAUCUGAUGGCUCGGAGAAUGUCGAUAGCUCCCCCUCGUCCGUGCAAACUCCCGAAAGUACUAGUCCUGUCAUUUUGACGCCUGAUAGUGGUAGCCCUUCCGAAGGCAUUUCGACGCUUGUAGAAUGCGAAUGCAUUCUAGAAGUGGAAGACUCGGUUUUGCUCAGCGUCGAAAAUUUGCCAAAUACUGAGCGCAAGCGGCGCAGUGAAGAUGAACAUGGUGGCAAACCGGGAAAAAAGGCCAAAAGACAACCUACGAUUCAAGAAAUGUUCAAGAAAAUGCAGACUCGUUAAACAUUUCUUCUAGUUCCUUAAAUUACCAAAGAGCUUUAAAUCAAAGUAUUAUUCCAUUUUUAGUUUUUAGUCUUAAGACUUGUGAUGAUAUUAUUUUGUGAUUUACUUUUUUGCAUUUUUCACUUUUUGAAAGUUUUUGGUAUUAUUCGUUCAAAUCAUUUUAAUAGUUGCUAAACAGUGGUUAUGUACUCCAAUAUUGAAAUUUCACUCCACUCGUUUUCAUUGCAGUUUUAAUAAAUUAACUAUGUAUUUGUUCCAGUUACUCAUGCCAAAGGAGUUUAGGCUAAGAAUUUUGUUACAUUAAUAUAUAUUUUUUUAAUCGUUCGAAUGUUCCACGUUUUGAAAGUUUUUAAAUAAAUUAAUCUUUGAAAUAA